CCUUUGGUAAUAGUGUUUAUUGGAUACGUUUUGAUGAAGAAUUCUCAGAGAAGAAAUUUAUAUCUUCAAAUCCUUUUGGCAUCAAAUACAAGUUCCAUCUGGAGGAUGCUGUUGACUGUCCCGAGUGGAUUGUCCCUUUCCACGUCUUCAAGGCAUUGGCGGAAGAGUAUGACUUUGAGCUAGUUUUUGUGAAGAAUAACCACGUAUUUGUGGAGGAAUACAUGAAGAAACCAGAGUUCGUCGAACUAAUGAGGAGGCUUGGUGCAUUAGGUGAUGGGAACCAAGACCAAAGUACUCUAUCACCAGAUGAAUGGGAGGUAGCCUACCUUUAUUUGGCAUUUGUUCUUAGAAAGCGAGGGCAACCAGAUCAAACACGAAGAAACCCUAGACGAGACAAAGGCAAGAUGCAUUUGACAAAAGACGAUAUCGAGAAUGUUAACGGUGCAGUGUAGUGCAUUUGCUCCAACCUCGGGACGUGAAAAGACUGUUAUGGAAGAUGAGGAAGUACCUGAAAGAAAGAGGAACAAUCAACAGAAUGUGCCCCUUUCGAGUCGAUAAAAUCGAGCUGCUAAUCAAUUUUGCAGAAUAAAGACUAUAGUUUUGGCCUAAUCAUUUUACAACUUCAACUUGCUAUAAUACGCCAGCAUAAAAGUAAGCCAGCAUUGUUAAAAGAAACUGGCUUCUUUCCAGUUGACGUGGGCAGAUAUGUCUGUCCACUUGCAACCUACCUUGUAAUUCUGUGUACCAUUAUAAAUUGAAAGAGAAUGAAAAUAGCCAAAAUUUUCUAUUUAUAUCAAGAUCAAAAUAUUUCUAAGGUA